AAGGAGGUGAAACGGUUUCUGUGGGUACUCAAAGGCUGUGAAGAUGGCGUCGGCUGCGUGGCUUCAGCUGUUGCCUGUCAUUCUUCUUUUGGGGGCUGAACCUUUCCCAUUGUCACUUUUUGAUGCGGGACCGGCAACCGUGUCUGCUGCCGACCGGUCUAAGUGGCACAUUCCAAUGCCGUCUGGGAAAAAUUAUUUUAGUUUUGGAAAGAUCCUCUUCAGAAACACCACUAUCUUCUUGAAAUUUGAUGGAGAACCUUGUGAUCAGUCUUUGAAUAUAACCUGGUUUCUAAAAAGUGCUGACUGUUUUAAUGAAAUCAACAACUUUAAGGCAGAAGGAGAAGAAACAUAUUUAGAAAAACUUAAAGAAAAAAGAGACUUGUCUGGAAAAUACCAGACAUCAUCAAAACUGUUCCAAAACUGCAGUGAACUCUUUAAAACACAGAUCUUUUCUGGGGAGUCAGUGCAUCGGCUGCCUCUUUUAGGAGAAAAACAGGAGGCUAAGGAAAAUGGAACAAAUCUUACCUUUACUGGAGAACGAACUGCAAUGCAUGAGCCACUGCAAACCUGGCAAGAUGCGCCAUACAUUUUUAUUGUACAUGUUGGCAUUUCAUCUUUAAAGGAGCCAUUGAAAGAAAAUCCACUGCAUAAUCUUUUCACCAUGACUGUUGAAGUGAAAGGUCCCUAUGGCUACCUCACACUGGAAGAUUAUCCUUUGAUGAUUUUCUUCAUGGUGAUGUGUAUUGUGUAUGUCCUGUUUGGUGUUCUGUGGCUGGCAUGGUCUGCCUGCUACUGGAGAGAUCUCCUGAGAAUUCAGUUUUGGAUUGGUGUUGUCAUCUUCUUGGGAAUGUUUGAGAAAGCUGUCUUCUAUGCAGAAUUUCAGAAUAUCCGCUAUGAAGGAGAAUGUGUUCAAGGGGCCUUGAUCCUUGCAGAGCUGCUUUCAGCAGUCAAGCGCUCUCUGGCUCGAAUUCUGGUUAUCAUAGUCAGUCUAGGAUAUGGCAUAGUCAAGCCUCGCCUUGGAGUCACUCUUCACAAGGUGGUGGUGGCAGGCGCUCUCUAUCUUUUGUUCUCUGGUAUGGAAGGAGUCCUCAGAGUUACCGGGUAUUUUUCUUAUUCUUUGGCUUUGAUGUUAAGCGUGGCCCUCUCAGCAAUUGAUGCCUGUAUUAUUUUAUGGAUAUUUAUUAGCCUGACUCAAACCAUGAAGCUCUUGAAACUUCGAAGGAAUGUUGUAAAGCUUUCGUUGUACCGACAUUUUACCAACACACUUAUCUUGGCAGUGGCAGCAUCUAUUGUGUUUAUCAUCUGGACCACUAUGAAGUUCAGGAUAGUGACUUGUCAGUCGGACUGGCGGGAGCUAUGGGUGGAUGAUGCCAUCUGGCGGUUGCUGUUCUCAAUGAUCCUCUUUGUCAUCAUGAUUCUCUGGAGACCAUCAGCAAAUAACCAAAGGUUUGCCUUUUCACCGUUGUCUGAAGAAGAGGAGGAAGAUGAGCAAAAGGAACCAAUGCUGAAAGAAAGCUUUGAAGGAAUGAAAAUGAGAAGUACCAAACAGGAACCAAAUGGAAAUAGUAAAGUAAACAAAGCACAGGAAGAUGACUUGAAGUGGGUGGAAGAGAACGUUCCCUCUUCUGUAACAGAUGUAGCACUUCCAGCCCUUCUGGAUUCAGAUGAGGAACGAAUGAUCACACACUUUGAGCGGUCCAAAAUGGAGUAACGAACGGGAAGAUUUGCUAUUGAAGAUGGCUAGUAUCAAGGAAGAGAUUGGCUUCUGUGUGUCUUCUACAGUGGUCCACGGGAUUAAAGGAGACAGUGACAUCCUGAUCUCUUUGUUGAUCUUUGUGUGUUGGAGCUGGCGAGAGGUGUCAGAACAAGGAGAAUAUCUUGUGAAAACAUGUUCAUAGGAUAAAAAAAAACCUACAAGCUUCUUAUUUACAACAUUGAUGCCCUUUCCCUCCCAAACUCUGACACAGAUGCUUAUACAACUUAUGUGUUGUUCCUGAACUUCCUGUGUUUCAGUUUAAUCUGUCAAACUAAAGUUUAAUGUCUUCUAAAGGACUGUCAACAACACCAUUGUAUGUAAUCUCCAAGAGCAAUUGCCUGUAAUUUUUAUUUAUUUAGGGAGUUUCAUGGGUGAUGGGAGAAAUUGUUGCUUAUCUUUCAGUUUCCUGGGAACUCAAAGUUACAUCUUGUAGAGAGUCCUUCUGAAUUAAGGAGAGGUGGUUCUGUCAGUGAUCAAAAGAAAAAAAGCAGUUAUAGUGAAUCAUUUUUAAAAAGCAAAAUCAAGUGCACUUUUGUUUAUAAAUGGUGUAUAUUAAAGAUUUUUGUAUUUCAGAUGUACUUUAAAGAAAAAUAUUAGCUUCACUCCUGACAUCUGCUAUUGUGACGCAUCCCAUUGCUGGCAAUGUGGUACACACCCAGAAACUUUUAACUGCUGUUUUGUAAGCCUCCAGAGGUGGCAUGGAGAGUCUUACAGUGCCUGUCUGCCUGAGUGCCAUUUCUUGAGAGUUGCACCAGAUGCUGAGAAGCACCUAUUUAAGUGCUGUGAUUGAGCAUCCUGGUAGGAAGACUGUCAAGCUUUAGAAGUGGGAGCUUACACAGAAGAAACAGUUCCUGCUGGCUGAAGCUGAACAGUUAUUCUUGCAUGAAGUAGUGGGGAGGCCCUGGCUGCUGCUCCUUCAUUAGGAUUGACUGUUCUCGUGUCUGGUGUUGGUUUAGAGACUUUAUAAGGGACAUCACAAGGUGAUGGGAUUCCCAAAAUUUGUGUUCUACAUAAGUUCGUGUCACUUUUUAAUAUAAAACAUUUUAACAAAA